UGUUGGUUGGUUCGCUGCAAUCGAAAGUCGACGCCAGGUCUGGAGAAGUUGGACGAGGAUCUACGCAGACGAUGGCGGCGAGAGGAGCGAUAUGCCUGCUCCUGGUGACCCUGGCCCUGAGGGGCACUCAGUGCAACACGAGAUACUUCAUGAAGAUGAAGACGAACGCGUCCGAGCUGGUGAAAGCGAAGGGAGGAAGCUUGAGGGUACUUGACGAGCCGAUCAUGGCCACGCAGAGUCCAUUACAUCAUGAAACAAAGCCUGUCUUUCAGGACGGCGGCCAAAGGAUGAUCAAGGACUUCCCGAGAAGCGAGGAUGAUUCGAAAAACGGGUUCGAAACGUCCACGUUUAAUCCGGACGUGCUGAACAAGUUCCUAGAGGAAUAUGCGAGCAAGAUCAAGGGUAGUACGGAGAAAUAUCAGAGGUAUCCGUUCAGGAUCGUCAAGCCUGCUGAAGCUAUAGCUCUGGAGGUGGAUGAUCCCACCACCUCGACGACUACCAUGAACUACGAUCAGGAUACCAAGUAUGAAGAGGACACGUCGAACUCUACGUCCACUGAGGAUGGGUUAAGUGCAACGUUGAACGACACUCUAAAAAGGAACAAGUAUUACGGGGCGAAUUCGUACGAAGACAGGAACGGUUGGGUGACAUUAGAGGCAAUUCCAUGGUCCAAGAGCAAGAUUUCUAAAUGGCAGGCGACUCCUAGCACGCAGCGCCCCUGGCCGGAAGUGAAACCAUGGGACAAGCCGAACAUUGGGAAGCCUUGGGCCUCGGAUUACUCCGUCAGACCAAUCUUCGAGAAUAAUAAACCGUGGUAUGAAAAGCCGAAGCCCACCUGGCCAGAGAACAGCAACGACAAACCAUGGCAGAAACCAACUACUCGUCCUCCCUACUACACGGAGAAACCUGAGGAAACCCAAGCUCAAAAAUGGCCACCGGAGAGGCCAUCUUGGAACAAGUACCAAGACCGACCGAACAGCGAUAUAAUUACAGACAAUCGUCCAGCCAACUUCCCCAGCAACUGGAACAGACCUCAGCCGACGAAGCCGAGUUAUCAGUACCUGGACAGAUACCCAGAGAAGAAUCAGCCGGAGGAAAACAACGAUUGGCACGAUUUUCCAACGAGAUUCGACGAUCGUCUGAGACCUUCUACCGAGAGACCAGGCUUCUCGCAGUACCAGUACGUGAACAACCAUCCACAGAGCUACCCCGGGAACGGAGAUGGCCAAUGGGUGUUGCUGUCCACGAACAGAGGUUACUCCAAGUCCAGACAGAGGUCGAUGAAGAUAGAUCAGGCAGGCCAGGUGGAGAACGUUACCAAGAGCGUUGGUAUAAAAGAGGAAGAACCUGAUCCAGCGAUCGCCGUGAUGACGUCGAAGAGACAGGUCAGGUUGACGGUGUUACCGUCGAUCAACGGCACGAACACGACGACGUCUCACGGGGGUCUUCUGGAGGUAGAGAAGACCUUCAAAAGCGUGGACCAGAGCCGGAAAGAGUACGAAAGGGACAAGCAGACGCUGCCGACUAUCCUGAAGAGAAGACCUAUCAGAAACACGCUAGGAAAUCAAGCAUCUAGCUCUGCCGUUUUGGCCGCCGUGGGUGCUGGAAUAUUACCGGCUACAAUGGCAAUGAUGAUACCGAUGAUCCUUGGCCGUCGAAAGAGGGACCUAAUGGCUUCCAGGUUGAGACUCCUGGAUCACGAUGAUCCAAUGACGAAUAUCGAUCGUCGUGUCCAAGGAACGGGACUACGAUAA